CAUGCCAACUACUAAUCCAACAUUAGCUUACUUAACUUUGCUUAAUUCAGCUAGCUUUGGCCUGCUGUCUGCCCCAACCCCCAUCCCAUCCCAACCUCCACUAUAUUCCUUGCCAACUCUGAUCUCUCACCUGAAAAUGUCAGUGUGAGCUAACAUUUCCUCCACACCAGCCUCGUCUACUAAACCUCAUUAGCAUUCAUUCACUCCAGAGCCCAAACACAAGCACACACGGCCAGAGGAGGAGGAGGAAGGAGAUGAAGGCAAUGGCCGGGUCGAGGCUGCUCGUCGUGCACACGUCGUCGAACAAGAUGGCGAACGGCGCGGCGUCGACGUCGCCGGCGUCGCCCAUCUGGUCCCGGUGCUUGUGGCUGGUGGCCUUCCUGGCCUUGUUCACCUGCGUGUCCCUCCUCACCGUGUUCUCCACGGCGCGCGCCUCGGCCGCGGCGGCGUACCAGGCGACGCUGUUCACGGUCGGCGCCGCGGCGGCUUCCGGUGGCGGCGCGGCCGGGGCGGCGGCGGAGGCUGGGCUACCGCGGUACGUGUUCGACGCGCUGGUGCAGUACGCGGCGGCGGCGGGGAACACGUCGGGGUGCAUGCCGGAGCCGGACGUGCGGGCGAUCGCGUCGGUGCUGCGGCGGCGCGCGCCGUGCAACCUGCUGGUGUUCGGGCUGGGCGCGGAGACGCCGCUGUGGCGGGCGCUGAACCACGGCGGGCGCACGGUGUUCCUGGACGAGAACCCAUACUACGUGGAGCACCUGGAGGGGAGGCACCCGGGGCUGGAGGCCUACGACGUCGCCUACGCCACGGCGGUGCGCGAGCUCCCGGACCUCCUCGACGCCGCCCGCACCGCGCGCGCCGCCGAGUGCCGCCCCGUCCAGAACCUCCUCUUCUCCGAGUGCCGCCUCGCCAUCAACGACCUCCCCAACCAGCUCUACGACGUCGCCUGGGACGUCAUCCUCGUCGACGGCCCGCGCGGGUUCACGGAGGGGUCACCGGGGAGGAUGUCGGCGAUCUACUCGGCCGCGGUGAUGGCGCGGACCAAGGGCGCGGAGACGGAGGUGCUGGUGCACGACUACGAGCGGGAGGUGGAGCGCGCGUGCGGGCGGGAGUUCCUGUGCGACGAGAACAGGGUAGCGGCGACCAGCACGCCGUCGCUCGCCCACUUCCGCGUCCGCGGCGGCGCCGCCGCCAACCGGGAGGCAUUCUGCGGCCCGCCGGCCGAGAAAUCCAACUGAGCUAGCCCCACUUCUCCUUCCCGGACGUUCUAGUCUCGUGCUCCAUCUUUGUGACGCAUGAGGAUGCGCAAAGAAAUGUUAAUGCAUGCGACGAUCUGUAAAGCCGAUCGAGUUCUUGAGGAAUCUUCCUCGUCCAAGCAAUCGCGGGUGUACUCAAAGAAAGGGGAAUGCCAUGGAUCGUACUCGCGUGCAAAAUUGAAUCAGGGAAGCAAGAAGAAGAGCAAGAGCCAUGAUUGAUGGAGCAUCUGUAGAUCAGUGAUUCAAUGUACGAGCAAAUCGAGCUCUCACGUAUACUUGUGGUUCAACGAUUUUCUCCCCUCAAAUAAACAAAUUUGUGGUGCCUGACAUCACAUUUCCUAAGAGAAAGAGUAUUAUGCACACAAUCUAUGUGUACAUUUUUUUUC